AUGGAUAUCAAUUUGCUCCGACUGCAUGAAGAAAAGGUCAUUAAAGAUCGGCGUCACCACCUUAAGACGUACCCGAACUGCUUCGUCGCCAAAGAGCUGAUUGACUGGCUGAUUGACCAUAAAGAGGCCUCAGACCGAGAGACGGCAAUUAAACUGGUGCAGAAAUUAUUGGAUCACAGCAUUAUCCACCAUGUCUGUGAUGAGCAUAAGGAAUUCAAGGAUGUCAAACUGUUCUAUCGCUUCCGAAAAGAUGACGGGACGUUUCCCCUGGACAAUGAAGUGAAGGUGUUCAUGAGAGGACAAAGACUGUAUGAAAAGCUGAUGAGUUCUGAAAAUACCCUUUUGCAAGCCAGGGAAGAGGAAGGAGUCAAGUACGAACGGACCUUUGUGGCAUCAGAGUUCAUUGACUGGCUGAUCCAGGAAGGAGAAGCCACGACACGGACUGAAGCAGAGCAGCUCGGCCGCAGGCUUUUGGAGCACGGGAUUAUACAGCACGUGUCCAACAAGCACCAUUUUAUGGACAGCAACUUGCUCUACCAGUGCAGAAUGAAUUUCCGCCGGCGACGGCGAUUAAUGGAGCUCCUCACUGAGAAGUCUCGCUUGAUGCCAGAAAGCCAUGACAGCCCAUUUUGCCUGCGCAAGCAGAACCAUGACAACAGAAAGCACACAAGUUUUCUCUCAGUGAGUCCCACCAAAGAGAUAAAGAUUGUGUCAGCAGUACGGAGGAGCAGCAUGAGUAGCUGUGGCAGCAGCGGGUACUUCAGCAGUAGUCCAACGCUCAGCAGCAGCCCCCCUGUCCUCUGCAACCCCAAAUCUGUAUUGAAGAGACCUGUGAGUGCUGAUGAGCUCUUGAUGCCUGGAGCCCCAUACGUAAGAAAAACAUUUACGAUUGUUGGUGAUGCAGUGGGCUGGGGCUUUGUGGUGCGGGGGAGCAAGCCCUGCCACAUCCAGGCUGUGGACCCCAGCGGGCCAGCAGCCGCGGCUGGGAUGAAGGUUUGCCAGUUUGUUGUAUCUGUCAAUGGCCUCAAUGUUCUCCACGUGGAUUACAGGACAGUGAGCAACCUCAUCCUGACAGGCCCUCGAACAAUUGUGAUGGAAGUGAUGGAAGAAAUAGAGUCCUGAGAAGGAAAUGAACCCUUACUGGACAUUUUUGUGAGAGAAAUAGCAAUGACCAUGGAGUGGCAUGACACAAGGAGGCAGAACAUUGCUGUGUCUAAAUAGAUGAUUUUGCUUUUAGGGGAGGGAGGCUCUCUUUCAUUUAACAAUAAUAGCACUGGUGAUUAUGCUAAGUGAACAAUGGAUACCAGCAUAUUUUCACUAAGGACUUUUCUUUGCCCAGUGGAGGCAAGGUUAAGGCCUUUAGGCUGUCUGUCCAGCCAUGUCUGCAUCGGUCAGAAUGGUUUCCCACCUAAGACGUGAUGCAGAUUUCCUCACAGUCCAUCACUGGAUCAAAGCACUUCAGGAGAUGAAAGAACCAAACGCUGUGGGGUCAGGAUGUCACAGAUAGUUUGCAUGACAUAUUUACGUUGGUAAACAUACCUCUGGUGUCCAGCUUUGUCCCAGGAGCACAUACUGUCACAGAUGUUCUCUCCUUGGUGAGGGACAGCUGACUACAUGCUGGCUUGAUUGCAGUCAGAGACGAACUGCAGUUGCAUGAAGAAAAGGUGUCCGCUCUCUGUAGAGGAUACUCUGGUAUGAAUGUUUGGGCCUGAUUGAAUACACAGAUUAGUCUAGAAAGAAAAAUCAUGCAAAUGGAAAAACGUGCUGUACUUUUACAAAAGCUACCUUUGAAAACUGGGCUUUUUCUUUAGAUGCCUACACACUGGUUUAGGUGCUCAAGUAUAAAAUGUGGAUUCGGGGGGUUUCCUUAUCUGUAAAGGAAGGGUGUCUCAAACUCGCUGUUCAUCACUUUGGAGAAAUUUUGUACGCCUUUAUUCCUAGAAUAUUUGGUGGGUUGAAGUGGGAAAUUCACAGUGUUAGCAUUAGCAAUGAUACAUCCAGAUGCUCCAGUAGAGAAAGUACACUUCAGAUUGAAGCAGUGUACUUGAAUGUACAUUAAGCUUGUUAGCACUUUCCAAUCAUCAAAUGUUUUGCAAACUACAGACUUGCCACAUGAAUUGACACUAUUACUAAUAAAACAUUGUAUUUAACUGACUCUUACUCUUUUCAAACAGUAGGACCUCUUCACUGAUGAAUUCAUGAAACAAUUCUUUUUUAAAAAUGUAUAUACAAAUUCCAUAUUCUGCAGUUAGGUGACUCCUCAGCUCAAGGGUAAAUGGACUGCAUAGGUUUUCUUUGAUCUUUGAACUGAAUAAAUAACAUCCUUGUCCACAAAAUUAUAAAUAUAUAUUGCAGACUUUGCUGUCUAAAUUUUACACUUAAAGCUUGACGUUCUAUAUGAUCAUACCACAGAUCCUUCAGUUAUGGGGUGGGGAAGGUAUUUUUUCCUCAAAUAAUUUUGAAAUAUGUUUUAUAUUAAAAAUUGUUCUCACUAAAUACAUUGCUCUUGCAGUAUGUUUUUCACUCACUCAAACACUUUCACAUCAGCGAUACAGCAAGUCUUCAAAAUCACAUAUAUGUGCAGCUUUAUAGGUAGAAGCCCAUGUGUUCUUUGUUUCUGAUAUAGUAUAUCUGUGGUAUCCCAUGAAAAUUUAUCAUAGUCCAAUAAUAUGCAGCAGUGCAGGGAGGUAUAAAACUGAAACCACUAACGUGAUACUAACCAGGCACAAAAGUAUUUGGAAGAUUCUUUCUAACUGUCAUUUAGUAUGACAGUUGUUUAUCCCAAUUGUAGCUGCAAAAAUUUUGGUACACAUAUAUAACCCAUAGCAGAUUAUAUUCUAUAGUUCAUCUAAAAUAAACGUUCGGCACAUAGUGUUAUAUGAGAUUGUAACAACUGUUGAUGGUAUCCGGUAAGAACAGUUGGAAAAAAUCCUGUUGUCUCAGAAAUGUGCCAGUAUGCUACAGGUUUUUGAUUUUGUGAAUCCAGGAAUGCUUCCGCCCUUUUUUAUUUUUUUUCCUGGGUUGUUUUGGUGGCUUGGUUGGUGUAUACUUUGUCCUGCUUUAAAAUAUAAAUUCUACAUGUCAGGCUAAGUUAAAUAUUAAAAUGUGAAGGAUUUUCUUAGCAAAAUGCUAAUGAUUCUCUGUAAUGCCAUCGUGGAUUCUUCUGUCUUACAUCUCUUGCCUUAGUUAAUAUUCUGCUACAAGUUCCCCGUAGCUUACAGAUAAUUAAGAAACUGGGUCAGAAUUUAGCUUAAUAAUGCAUUACAGAGUGCACUUUAGACUUGAGUAAAAAGAGUGGGAGUGGGGGCAGGGAGAAAUCUGAGCAUAUCAUUAUGUUGCAGAUUGGAAAUGACAUUUUCAUUUGCAAGAUACAUUAGUCUCUAUCACAAUUUGAGCACCAUUACUUGCCUGCUGUUUAACGGGGAUUUCCAUAUUGUGUUCUCAACUUGAUUGGCAAUCUGGAAUUUAAUUAAUUCUUUCCCUCUUCAAUGUGACAAAGGUAUUCAAAUUAUCUCUGCAAUGAAAUUCUGUAUUUUGGAAAAAAAAGGAUGCAAAGUUAACAAUUAAGCUAUGAAAUGUAUAAUUUUUAAUUAAAUUGCAGUUUCUCUGCACAGUGAUACAUAACCUAUGAGGCAUCCAGCAGGAGUCAGUGUCAAACUCUCCUGCACUUCAGAGGGCACAGAAUUUUGAAUAUAAUAGAGCAUCUCGGUUCCCGCAAAGUACCAGGAAAAAUGUAAGAUUAUUCACAAAAGUGAAGCAUUUCAAGAGAUGCAUGAGUAUCGCAGUGUGGACUGAAGCAAGAAACCAGAAAUAAAAAACCCCCAUGGCAUCAGCAGUAAUAACUUCAUUAAAAAGAUAGGCAUUUUUGUAAGACUUACUCUCUUAUGUGAUCUCAUUUUUGGUUACUAUAGAUCUUGUGAAAUCCUCUAAUAAAUCUUUCUUUAUGCCUUAAUAACACAGAUUAGUGCCACUCCUCUGCACACAUGCGUUCGCAAGUAAUUUAUGGAACAUAUUCAAGCAAUAUAAUAGUUAAUUAAAUUCAAGUAGCAGUUAGGCUAAUUGGACCAUUAAUUCACUGCAAUAUUUCUCCUAUUUUUCUUCUAUUUCCUACAAGAUAUAUAAUUUGGAUUAUCUUUAUCAAGAUCAAAUACUACAUGUAUACUUUCUGAACACAACUGGUUCCACAGCUAGUCCUGUGGAAGGCAUUUCACUCAUGAAAUAAUAACAGUAAUCCACUUCAGGUGUAUCAGAAUUUGAUUGUCUGCAUUUUAGGUCUCUCUAGAAGCUGAAAAUAAAAAUGUCAGCAUUGAAAAGACAGUGGUGUCAUGGCAGCAUCUACAAUACCAGUGGGUGUGUCCUACUACCCUCUUCUCUGAGAUUACCUUGAGGAAGGGGUUUGGGAAGUCAUGCAGUAGGAACGUUUCUCUCAGUAUUUUCUUCUCCUUCUGCUUAUAUCCUCACUAACAACUGCAGAGUGAUGAGCAUGUUUCAAACACUGUCUAUCCCACAAUUACUGGUUUAAUGGUCAGCAUGUUCCCUUAGCAUGGUUUAGACCUCUGAGAAAAUGCCCGAAUGUAGUUCAGAAAAUAACAUGAGAUCAGAAUUUGGGCAUAGGGGUGCAGGCUUCCUUGGGCCACUUGGCGUUAGGACCAGAGAAUGGUCCCUGUGCCGAUUUGAUGUACUAACAUAGACAUAGCCAUAGUCUGAGAUUAGGAGGAAGAAGUGACUGACUUCUUCAUCUGCUCUGACAGCUAUGAUGCAUGGAAGUUUUCUUUUCCCUGUGGAUUGAGACAGAAUGAUCACAUUAUGGAGUAAUGCCCUAAUAAUUUCAGAUAACACUGGGAUUUAAGUACUAAUUUUUAAUGUUACUUUUGCUAAAUAAGAAUUAUUCUAAUUUUAGAGACAAGAAAAACUGAGACAAUAUGGUUUGCAAAAAUGUUUGCCUAAUGCAAAACAGACUGAGAAAUCAAUUGUUGCAAUUAUGAUUAUUUUCUUGUAUAAGUGAAAAAGCAUGUGUAUGUCACGUGUAAAUAAAGCUAGACCACACCACUCCUCACACAAAGUGAGAGAACAUCUACCUUUUACAAUAAAACCAUCUCAUUAAAGGUUUCCAUAAAUCAUGCUUUAAAAAUUUGUCUUUAUCUGGUGAGUGAUGUGGUUUAUAUUUUUCACUUAUAUGUGUUACUUACAGAAACACAAAUACUAACUGCCAGUGUAGUAAUUCAUUUUGUAUAUACACAGUGCAGAUAAAAAUAUCAUUGGUGUU